CCCGCUCGUGCGCGCGCACACACACACACACACACACACACACACACACACACCUGGUCCUCCAGCGUGACUUCGGUAGCCAGCGUGUUGUCCGUGUUCCAUUUCUGGUUGACGCUCAAACCCAACUCCUUCAUCUUGUAUUUAGUCUCCAGGCUGCCCGACGCCUUGCCUGUGUCCGUGUUGCUCGAGCCUGACGUGUUGAACUCCUGCACACGCACACAUAACACACUUUAAAUGUGACGACUAUCAGAAAAAUACAUGAAAACAACACAAAUACAUGAAACAUAAUGCCGGAAUAUUAUGUCGAAAAAGACGCAUGAACGUGAAGCAUGAAGACAACAGAAAAAGACGGCGAUGCAACGAGGACAAGUAAAAGUGAAAAUAAGAGCGAAAGCAAACGAGCAGGCGGUGAUGUGGCGAUGAUGGCGGCCUCACGCUCGUCUUACCAUCUACACCAGCGCCAGAUGUCCGCGGCAGCACGGAGGUCAAGGAAGGUCAAAAAGGGGGCAUUAAAGGGCGGGGGAAAGAGAGAUAGACACUCUCAGACAUUCAUGCCUCUGAAUCGCUGACUGACAGCAGGAGGUCAUUGACUCCUUGAUUGGUUGUUUAGCAGGUGGGCGGAGUCACUUAUUAGAAAAGAUGAAGCUAAGCCAAGAAGAAGAUGCUCACCACUCCACUCUGUGAUUUGGUCUUCAGGUCCAGCUUCACCAGUCCAAAGCCUGGAAGGGAGGGGGGUCAGAUGAAUAGUAGGAUAAUAUUUAACAUGAAAGUCGCUUCUUUCUGAGUUCUGCUUCCUGUUCGUCACGCUACGUCAACCUGACCGUGUAGAAUGAUUGACUCACCGUAGCCUUUGCUGAAAAUGUCCUUGGCAGCUUUGCCUAGGUCUGCGUAUGAGGGGGGGACAGCCAUGAUGCUGGACAACACAAACAGUCAGCCCCAAAACCGUUAGACUUCUUACACCGGAAGUACAAAUCCAGCUUGUAUCCAAAUACUGCUAAUAAUCAAAGGGGUCUAUGGUGUACUUUGAUUAAAGAUAUGUGGGUUCCUGUAAGUAUAACGGAUUCCACGUUAAGCCAAAUGCAUUGUCUACUUUGAACAAAUGCUUGAUGCAGCAUCUUUAGUUGUGGACAAAGGACACAAAGGGACAAAGGUAUGUGUGGGGGUGACAGCUGGGCUACACUAACAACCUAUCACGGUAGCGUACGUUAUUUUACAAUUAUCCACCUCCGGCAGGCGGGUAAAUAUGCUCUUUGUGGUGAGGAGAAGACGAUAAAAGCCGGGAUUAAACAAUGCAUGCAAGGCUAACCAUCAUUAUAUAAUGUCAGCUACCGUUAGCUAAAACCCUCGACAUGCUAGCUCACGGGGGGGGGCAACCUUGGACAGACAUGCUAUCAAAGUGACGUUAACGUUAUUAAUGAAUGCAAAACAGCAGAUGUCUUUGUGCCUAGGAAGACGUUAAAGCUUCUCACCGAUGCGAAGCAGCGUCUGCGGGGUCUGCAGUGAUGUUAGCGUGAUGCUGCUGAGAGGAUUGACAGCUAGUUUAUUUUAGCGCUGUCACCGAGCAGGCAGGACACAACCAAGGAGACUCAGUGCGCAUGCGCCACUGGCCUGUGCAGCAAGAGCGGAGAGUAACGGUACGUCAAGAGAUGAACCCUCCCAAACUCGUCACAAGUCUGGCCAACGUUUCCGGAAGUACUGCACAGGAAGUCAAGGCCGAUUGAGAGCUUGUUAGCCGGAUUCACUUUUUUGUAUUAUUAUUAACCGUAUUCAGCUACACAAUUGCAUGUAAUUGUAAACCCAAGGUAUGUAAUUAAUACUUUGAUAUGUACGCAAAGUAAGCUUUGCACAAGCUUACUAUAAGUAUAAUUGUUAUAUAUAAUUGCAACCUGUACAGUAUUUUUUGUAAAAUAAACUACUGUACAGGUUGCUGAGCUAGUCCUCCUUAAAUAUUUGUGUCAACGUUUUCAAAGGGGCGAGGAAUAGUGUGGGGCGGUGCCACGCCACGACACGCCCCGACCCGCAAGUACUCCACUCGACGUUAUCAGACUGAAACCUCUGCCGAGCCAACUUUUGACUGUCAAAAGUCCACAACGAGAGCGAUACGAGUCCAAUGGUCAGGAGCGGACGUCACAGUUUGGACCUCGCCUGGUGCACAAAGCUGCAGGACCGCAUGAAGCUUCAUCCAACCCCUGCGUACUGAGCACAGCAUCGAGGCCGGGGGGAACCGCAGUCAUGUCAGCAAACUCGAGCUUCGUCAACCCGUUCCACAGGACCCACAGCCUGGCGGCAGCCGCCCCUGCAGGCAAAGUCAAACUGACGCACCCCGGCAAGGCCAUCCUGGCAGGCGGGAUCGCAGGCGGCAUCGAGAUCUGCAUCACCUUCCCCACCGAGUAUGUGAAAACACAACUGCAGCUGGAUGAGAAGGCCAACCCCCCCAAGUACAAAGGCAUCGGCGACUGCGUGAAGCAGACAGUCAACAGUCAUGGCGUGAGAGGUCUUUAUCGAGGACUCAGCUCGCUGCUCUACGGCUCCAUUCCCAAAGCGGCCGUCAGAUUUGGAGUGUUUGAGUUCCUGAGCAAUAAGAUGCGCGACGAGAGCGGGAAACUUGACAGCAAGCGCGGAUUCCUGUGUGGCCUCGGCGCCGGCGUGGCCGAGGCGGUGGUGGUCGUGUGUCCCAUGGAGACGGUCAAGGUCAAAUUCAUCCAUGAUCAGACGUCAGCAAACCCCAAAUACAGAGGUUUCUUCCAUGGCGUGCGGGAGAUCAUCAGAUCUGAAGGACUCAGAGGAACCUACCAGGGUCUGACGGCCACCGUGUUGAAGCAAGGAUCCAACCAGGCCAUCCGCUUUUACGUGAUGACCUCGCUCAGGAACUGGUACAAAGGUGACGACCCCAACAAAGCCAUUAACCCUUUGGUAACUGGGCUGUUUGGUGCGGUGGCCGGCGCUACCAGCGUGUUUGGGAACACUCCGCUGGACGUCAUCAAAACUAGAAUGCAGGGUCUGGAAGCACACAAGUACAAAAGCACACUGGACUGCGCCGUCAAGAUCAUGAAGCACGAGGGACCAAUGGCGUUCUACAAGGGUACCGUGCCCCGUCUGGGUCGGGUGUGCAUGGACGUGGCCAUCGUCUUCAUCAUCUACGAGGAAGUGGUCAAGGUCCUCAACAUGGUCUGGAAGACGGACUGAAAUUCGCCGUCCCAGACUGGAUGGCUUCUGAUUUUAUUUCAGCUCCAUCAAGCAGAAGCACUAUAUUCUCCACGAUAGCGGGCUCACGUGAGAGGAAGGGAAGCACUCUCCUUAAUGUGUUCUGGAACAAUAACUCAUUCAAUCUUGACAACAAAAUACUUGAAGAUGAGGACCAAAUGUUUUACAGCCUUCUACCGAUCCGUUAUACAAUUAUCAUGACUUCACUUUUACCUUAAGGAUACCUUGCCAUGGUACUCCGACAUAUUGUUUUUAUGCUACCUAUUUUAUGCUGACAUGCUGAAAUAUGCUAAGCUAAGACAUGUUCUAAAAAGUGCCUAUGUAUGUUUUUUAGUGGGUUAUUUGGGAUAAGGAUUGUGUAAUUACUUUUUGUUCUUUUAAGGGUGACUUUAAAUAUAUAUAUAAACAGUAUAUUCCAUUAACAGUGCCUUCUAUGUCAUUCCACAAAAGAUGAUGCUUUGAGAUUUAUAUUAGACUAACUAUAUGAUUUUUUUCUUUUAAGAGAGUGAAUAUGCAAUGUGCCAUGCCAGAGGCUGAAAUACGACAUGCGAGAUAUUCAGUGUUUACUUGAUGCCCUCAGCAUUUAUGUUAUAACAGAUUAUUGUGUUCCCUCAUGUGCCUUCACGGUAACCGAUUCUAAUGUGAAAGUAAACAU